UGGAGACAACACACACACACACACACACACCAGUCUGCGGAGCCGGAGAGAAGUCACGCGAGAUGAUCUGGACCGUGUUUCUGCUCGUGCACGCCGUCCUGCUUUAUUUCAUCCUCACACACAGAACCAGGUCAAAGAGUGAGCCGCCUCUAGACAAAGGAGUUAUUCCAUGGUUAGGCCAUGCUCUUGAAUUUGGAAAAGACGCAUCCAAGUUCUUGAAUCGAAUGAAGCUGAAGCAUGGCGACAUUUUCACAGUGCGUGCGGCUGGACGUUACGUCACUGUGCUGCUGGAUCCACAUUCAUAUGACGCAGUCAUCAAUGACCCCGAGUCCCUGGACUUCACACGCUACGCGCGUGUGCUCAUGGAGAGAAUCUUCAGCCUGCGGCUCCCGCAUCACCAGCCCAAUACUGCCAAAGCCAUGAUGAGAAAGCACUUCAUGGGAGUGAAUUUAACCACCCUCAACGGCACCAUGAGCCGACACCUGCGGGCCCUCCUGACAGCUGAGAUGCCUCCCAACCAGAAACACUGGAAAGACGAGGGACUGUUCAACUUCUCAUACAGCUUACUCUUCAAGGCGGGGUACCUGGUGCUGUUUGGGGGAGAACAGAACAACAACAACAGCCCGGAUCCCUCCAGCGUCUACGAGGAGUACAAGAAGUUUGACGGACUCCUAACCAAACUGGCGAGGGGCACACUGAAGCCAGAGGAGAAGAGGACGGCCCACAGGGUUCAGCAGAGACUCUGGGACCUUCUGGCUCCAGCAGGUCUGACUGAGGAUUCAGGUUCAAGCCUUUGGCUUCACGGCUACAGGCAGCUCUUAAAGGAGGAGGGGGCGGACGUGGAUGCGCAGAUAAAAGCUCUACUGAUGCAACUCUGGGCCACACAGGGUAACGUUGGUCCUGCUGCAUUCUGGCUCUUGGGUUACUUGUUGACUAAUCCUGAAGCUCUGAUUGCCGUGAAGAAAGAAUUCAGCCACGUAUCACAGGCGGCGGCGGCGGCGGCGUCAGAGACUCCACUCAUGGACACACCUGUCGUCACACCUGUGUUUGAUAGUGCUUUGGAGGAGGCAAUGAGACUCACUGCUGCCCCCUUCAUCACCAGAGAGGUGGUGCAGGACAAGACCAUCCACCUGUCUGACGGCCACGAGUACCUGCUGAGGAAAGGAGACCGGGUGUGUUUGUUCCCCUUCAUCAGCCCUCAAAUGGACCCUGAGAUUCACCGUGAGCCGCAGACGUUCAAGUACGACCGCUUCCUGAACGACGACGGAUCGGCGAAGAGCGCUUUUUAUAAAAGAGGGAGACGGGUGAAAUAUUCCUCCAUGCCGUUUGGCGCGGGGACCAAUGGCUGCGUGGGGAAGAAGUUUGCCAUCCACACCAUCCGAGAGUUUGUUUACCUGAUGUUGACUCACUACGACUUGCAGCUGUGUGACCCAAACGCUCAAAUGCCCGAGGUGAAUGCCAGUCGUUAUGGAUUCGGGAUGCUUCAGCCGGAGGGAGACCUGCGUUUCCGAUAUAAACCGAGGCUCACGCACAAAAGCUUUUCUUAAAAAGAAGCAAAAAAAAAAAACAUCUCUAUUUUUGUACAUUUCACCACUUACAUGUUGUUAAUAUGCCCCAUUUGUACUUUUAUAUUCUGUAUUUAUAUUUUACAGUAUGUAGUAUUUAUGAAAAUGUGUAAAUAGUGCAUUUUGUGAUGAUGUUAAUAUCUUGGUGUUUGGUGGUUUAAGUACACGACGGCCACAGACACGGUGUUUUGUGAGUAAAACUGACUUAUUGUGACUACGA